GGUGGCGCUGGGCCGGUGGCAAGCCCCUGAAGGGAGCCGCAGUAGUACGACGGAAGAUGGCGACGAGCGGCGGCGAAGAGGCGGCGGCUGCGGCGCCGGCGCCCGGGGCUCCGGCAACGGAGGCAGACACGACCCCGGGCUGGGAGGUGGCGGUGCGGCCCUUGCUAUCCGCGUCCUAUUCCGCCUUCGAGAUGAAGGAGUUGCCGCAGCUGGUGGCCUCAGUCAUCGAGAGUGAAUCAGAAAUCCUGCACCACGAGAAGCAGUACGAGCCCUUCUACUCAUCUUUUGUUGCACUUUCCACACACUAUAUCACAACAGUUUGUAGCCUCAUUCCCCGGAACCAACUUCAGUCUGUGGCAGCAGCCUGUAAAGUCCUGAUUGAGUUUUCUCUCCUGCGUCUGGAGAAUCCAGAUGAGGCUUGCGCUGUGUCCCAGAAACACUUGAUUCUCCUCAUCAAGGGCCUGUGCACUGGCUGUAGCCGAUUAGACAGAACUGAAAUUAUCACAUUUACAGCAAUGAUGAAAUCGGCCAAGCUGCCACAAACAGUGAAGACACUGUCAGAUGUGGAAGAUCAGAAAGAGCUGGCUGCACCAGUAAGCCCAGAGCUGAAGCAGAAGGAGGUCCAGAUGAAUUUUUUGAACCAGCUGACAUCAGUUUUUAACCCUAGAACUGUAGCAUCAUCACCCAUAGGUCCACAGACUCCGGCGGAAGGAGAAAAUGAUGAGCAGUCAUCCACAGAUCAAGCCUCUGCUAUCAAAACCAAGAAUGUGUUCAUAGCUCAGAAUGUGGCUAGUCUUCAGGAGCUUGGUGGCUCAGAGAAGCUACUGCGUGUGUGUUUAAACCUGCCCUAUUUCCUACGCUACAUCAAUCGGUUUCAAGAUGCAGUGUUGGCCAAUUCCUUCUUCAUCAUGCCUGCAACAGUAGCAGAUGCCACUGCUGUUCGUAAUGGUUUUCAUUCACUGGUGAUUGAUGUGACCAUGGCAUUGGAUACCCUUUCUCUACCUGUGUUGGAACCUCUCAAUCCUUCUCGUCUGCAAGAUGUGACAGUCCUCAGCCUAAGUUGUUUGUAUGCAGGUGUGAGUGUGGCAACUUGCAUGGCCAUCCUUCACGUGGGUAGUGCCCAGCAAGUGCGGACAGGGUCCACGAGCUCCAAAGAAGAUGACUAUGAGAGUGACGCAGCUACAAUUGUCCAAAAAUGUCUCGAAAUCUACGAAAUGAUUGGACAAGCAAUCAGCAAUUCCCGCCGGGCUGGUGGUGAGCACUAUCAGAACUUCCAAUUGCUGGGUGCCUGGUGUUUGUUAAACAGCCUUUUCCUCAUAUUGAACCUCAGUCCUACUGCCUUGGCUGAUAAGGGGAAAGAGAAAGAUCCGCUGGCUGCUCUCCGGGUCAGAGACAUCCUUUCUCGUACAAAGGAGGGAGUGGGCUCUCCAAAGCUGGGGCCUGGAAAAGGGCAUCAGGGAUUUGGGGUGCUCUCAGUAAUAUUGGCAAACCAUGCCGUCAAGCUGUUGACGUCUCUCUUUCAAGACCUGCAAGUGGAGGCUCUGCACAAGGGUUGGGAGGCAGAUGGUCCCCCUGCUGUUCUGAGCAUUAUGGCCCAGAGUACCUCCAUACAGAGGAUUCAACGGCUGAUAGACUCUGUCCCACUGACAAACCUGCUGUUGACAUUACUCUCAACUUCCUACAGAAAGGCGUGUGUCCUGCAGCGUCAGAGGAAGGGCUCCAUGAGCAGUGAUGCCAGUGCCUCUACUGACUCCAACACCUACUAUGAGGAUGAUUUCAGCAGCACGGAGGAGGACAGCAGCCAAGAUGAUGACAGUGAGCCUAUUCUGGGGCAGUGGUUUGAAGAGACCAUCUCCCCCAGUAAAGAGAAAGUGGCACCUCCGCCUCCUCCCCCACCCCCUCCGCUGGAGAGCUCACCUCGAGUUAAAAGCCCCAGUAAGCAGGCCUCUGGUGAGAAGGGCAACAUUUUGGCUAGUCGCAAAGAUCCUGAGUUGUUCUUAGGUCUGGCUUCCAACAUUUUGAACUUCAUCACCUCUUCCAUGCUGAACUCUCGGAAUAAUUUUAUCCGAAACUAUCUGAGUGUAUCUCUUUCAGAGCACCAUAUGGCCACCCUGGCCAGUAUCAUUAAGGAGGUGGACAAAGAUGGACUCAAGGGUGCAUCAGAUGAAGAGUUUGCUGCCGCUCUCUAUCACUUCAACCACUCUUUGGUAACUUCUGACCUUCAGUCACCUAACCUGCAGAAUACACUGUUGCAGCAGCUGGGAGUGGCUCCUUUUUCUGAGGGCCCUUGGCCCUUAUACAUUCAUCCUCAAAGCCUGUCUGUGCUUUCACGCCUCCUGCUCAUCUGGCAACAUAAAGCUGGCGCUCAAGGUGACCCGGAUGUCCCUGAAUGCCUUAAAGUUUGGGACAGGUUUUUGUCAACAAUGAAGCAGAAUGCCCUGCAAGGGGUGGUGCCCGGUGAGACGGAAGAUUUGAAUGUAGAACACCUGCAGCUGCUCCUCCUCAUUUUCCACAACUUCUCUGAGAAAGGCCGGCGGGACAUAUUGACCCUUUUUGUGCAGAUCAUCCAGGAGUUGAGUGCCAACAUGGAUGUCCAGUCGCGCUCUGUGCCUCUCAUCCUGGCUCGCCUGCUUUUGAUCUUUGAUUAUCUGCUUCAUCAGUACUCCAAAGCCCCUGUGUAUCUGUUUGAGCAGGUGCAACAUAACCUGCUUAGUCCGCCUUUUGGGUGGGUGAAUGGAUCCCAGGACAGCAACAGCCGCCGGGCAACCACCCCUCUCUAUCAUGGGUUCAAAGAAGUAGAAGAAAACUGGUCUAAGCAUUUUUCAUCAGAUGCUGUCCCACAACCCAGAUUCUACUGUGUCCUGUCCCCAGAAGCCUCAGAGGAUGAUCUGAACCGACUUGAUUCUGUGGCAUGUGGUGUUCUUUACUCCAAGCUUGUCAAGUACGAUGAGCUCUACAUUGCACUGACAUCCCUACUGGCGGCUGGAUCCCAGCUUGAUACAGUCAGGAGAAAGGAGAACAAGAAUGUAACAGCCCUGGAGGCCUGUGCCCUUCAAUAUUACUUCUUGAUACUGUGGAGGAUUCUAGGGAUUUUGCCACCAUCAAAGACUUACAUGAACCAGCUGGCCAUGAACUCGCCAGAGAUGAGUGAAUGUGACAUCCUACACACUCUGCGGUGGUCUUCCCGCCUCCGGAUCAGCUCCUAUGUCAACUGGAUAAAGGACCACCUUAUCAAACAGGGAAUGAAGGCUGAACAUGCUGGUUCUCUCCUAGAACUGGCAUCCAGCAAGUGCAGCUCAGUGAAAUACGACGUUGAAAUUGUAGAGGAAUACUUUGCUCGACAGAUCUCAUCCUUCUGUAGCAUCGACUGUACCACCAUCUUGCAGCUCCAUGAAGUUCCCAGUCUGCAGUCCAUCUACACCCUCGACGCUGCUAUCUCGAAGGUCCAGGUCUCUCUGGAUGAACAUUUUUCUAAGAUGGCUGCCGAGACCGAUCCUCAUAAGUCAUCUGAGAUCACCAAGAACCUGCUUCCAGCCACACUGCAACUCAUUGACACCUACGCGUCAUUCACUAGAGCCUAUUUGCUGCAGAACUUUAAUGAAGAGGGAUCCACUGAAAAACCUUCCCAGGAGAAAUUGCACGGCUUUGCUGCUGUUUUGGCUAUUGGCUCUAGUAGGUGCAAGGCGAACACUCUGGGUCCAACACUGGUUCAGAAUUUACCAUCUUCGGUGCAGGCUGUUUGUGAAUCCUGGAACAACAUCAACACCAAUGAGUUUCCAAACAUUGGAUCCUGGCGCAAUGCCUUUGCCAAUGACACCAUCCCUUCUGAGAGUUACAUCAGUGCCGUGCAGGCCGCUCACCUGGGGACUCUUUGUGGCCAGAGUCUGCCCCUGGCUGCUUCCCUGAAGCACACCCUCCUCUCACUGGUCAGGUUGACCGGAGAUCUUAUAGUUUGGUCCGAUGAGAUGAACCCACCACAGGUCAUUCGGACCCUGCUUCCCCUUCUCCUGGAGUCGAGCACUGAGAGUGUCGCUGAGAUCAGUAGCAACUCUCUGGAGCGCAUCCUGGGCCCUGCAGAGUCUGAUGAGUUCUUGGCUCGCGUUUAUGAGAAACUAAUCACUGGCUGUUACAACAUUCUGGCUAAUCAUGCAGAUCCCAAUAGUGGACUGGAUGAAUCCAUCUUAGAGGAAUGUCUCCAAUAUUUGGAAAAGCAACUGGAAAGCAGCCAGGCUCGUAAAGCUAUGGAGGACUUUUUCUCUGACAGUGGAGAACUUGUGCAGAUCAUGAUGGCAACAGCCAAUGAGAACCUCUCUGCUAAAUUCUGUAACCGAGUUUUGAAAUUCUUCACCAAACUCUUCCAGCUGACUGAGAAGAGCCCUAACCCGAGCCUUCUGCAUCUCUGUGGUUCCCUGGCACAGCUGGCUUGCGUGGAGCCUGUGCGUCUCCAGGCCUGGCUCACCCGCAUGACUGCAUCGCCCCCCAAAGAUUCCGAUCAGCUGGAUGUGAUCCAGGAGAACAGGCAGCUGCUACAGUUGUUGACCACGUACAUUGUUCGGGAAAACAGCCAAGUCGGGGAAGGUGUGUGUGCUGUGCUGUUGGGCACCCUGAUCCCCAUGGCAACAGAGAUGCUGGCCAACGGUGAUGGGACUGGUUUCCCUGAACUCAUGGUUGUGAUGGCUACCCUGGCCAGUGCAGGUCAAGGUGCUGGCCAUCUUCAGCUUCAUAAUGCUGCUGUGGACUGGCUGAGUAGAUGCAAGAAAUACCUGUCACAGAAGAAUGUGGUUGAAAAACUGAAUGCCAAUGUAAUGCACGGAAAGCAUGUGAUAGUCCUGGAGUGCACCUGCCAUAUUAUGUCUUACUUGGCUGAUGUCACCAAUGCCCUGAGCCAGAGUAAUGGUCAAGGCCCAAGUCACCUGUCAGUGGAUGGGGAAGAGCGGGCCAUUGAAGUGGACUCAGACUGGGUGGAGGAGCUGGCAGUGGAAGAGGAAGACUCCCAGGCUGAGGAUUCAGAUGAAGAUUCUCUUUGCAAUAAAUUGUGCACUUUUACCAUCACUCAGAAAGAAUUCAUGAACCAGCAUUGGUACCACUGUCACACCUGCAAAAUGGUUGAUGGGGUGGGUGUGUGCACAGUAUGUGCCAAGGUGUGCCACAAGGAUCAUGAGAUUUCCUAUGCCAAGUAUGGAUCCUUCUUCUGUGACUGUGGAGCCAAGGAAGAUGGCAGCUGUCUGGCUCUAGUGAAGCGAACUCCCAGCAGCGGCAUGAGCUCCACCAUGAAGGAGUCAGCAUUUCAGAGUGAACCCAGAGUUUCAGAGAGUCUCGUGCGCCACACCAGCACCUCCCCGGCUGACAAGGCCAAAGUCACCAUCAGUGACGGAAAGGUUGCUGAUGAAGAGAAGCCCAAGAAGAGCAGCCUGUGCCGCACAGUGGAGGGCUGCCGGGAGGAGCUGCAGAACCAGGCCAAUUUCUCCUUCGCUCCUCUCGUGUUAGACAUGCUCAAUUUCCUCAUGGAUGCCAUUCAGACCAACUUUCAGCAGGCUUCAGCUGUGGGGAGCAGCAGCCGGGCCCAGCAGGCCCUCCGGGAGCUGCACACAGUGGACAAGGUGGUUGAGAUGACAGACCAGCUGAUGGUUCCCACAUUAGGUUCCCAGGAAGGUGCCUUUGAGAAUGUUCGGAUGAAUUACAGCGGAGACCAGGGCCAGACUAUUCGACAGCUAAUCAGCGCCCAUGUGCUCAGGAGGGUGGCUAUGUGUGUGCUCUCCUCCCCUCAUGGGCGCCGCCAGCAUUUGGCUGUCAGCCAUGAGAAAGGCAAGAUCACUGUCCUGCAGCUCUCAGCUCUCCUGAAGCAAGCAGAUUCCAGCAAAAGGAAGCUGACUCUGACCCGCCUGGCUUCUGCCCCAGUCCCCUUUACUGUGCUCAGCCUCACGGGGAAUCCGUGCAAGGAGGACUACCUUGCUGUUUGUGGGCUGAAGGACUGCCAUGUGCUGACCUUCAGUAGCUCAGGCUCUGUGUCGGAUCAUUUGGUUUUGCACCCCCAGUUGGCAACAGGGAACUUCAUCAUCAAAGCCGUGUGGUUACCUGGUUCACAGACUGAGCUAGCGAUCGUCACUGCAGAUUUUGUCAAGAUUUAUGACCUGUCCGUUGAUGCCUUGAGUCCAACCUUCUACUUUCUCCUGCCCAGCUCAAAGAUAAGAGAUGUUACCUUCCUCUUCAAUGAAGAGGGAAAGAACAUCAUUGUUAUAAUGUCUUCGGCUGGGUACAUCUAUACCCAGCUCAUGGAAGAGGCCAGCAGUGCCCAGCAGGGACCCUUCUAUGUUACUAAUGUGCUGGAAAUAAACCACGAGGACCUGAAGGACAGUAACAGCCAGGUGGCAGGUGGCGGUGUGUCUGUCUACUACUCGCACGUGUUGCAGAUGCUGUUCUUCAGCUACUGUCAGGGCAGGUCGUUUGCAGCCACCAUCAGUAGGACGACGCUGGAGGUGUUGCAACUCUUCUCCAUCAACAUCAAGAGUUCCAAUGGUGGCAGUAAGACGUCUCCUGCCCUUUGCCAGUGGUCUGAGGUGAUGAACCACCCUGGCUUGGUGUGUUGUGUCCAGCAAACUACAGGAGUGCCCCUGGUAGUGAUGGUGAAACCAGACACUUUCCUCAUCCAGGAGAUUAAGACUCUUCCUGCCAAAGCAAAGAUCCAGGACAUGGUCGCCAUCAGGCACACAGCCUGCAAUGAGCAGCAGCGGACAACGAUGAUCUUGCUGUGUGAGGAUGGCAGCCUGCGCAUCUACAUGGCCAACGUGGAGAACACCUCCUACUGGCUUCAGCCCUCCCUGCAGCCCAGCAGUGUCAUCAGCAUAAUGAAGCCCGUUCGAAAGCGCAAAGCAGCUACCAUCACAACUCGCACGUCUAGCCAAGUGACCUUCCCCAUUGACUUCUUUGAACACAACCAGCAGCUGACAGAUGUGGAGUUUGGUGGUAAUGACCUCCUGCAGGUCUACAACGCACAACAGAUAAAGCACCGGCUGAAUUCCACUGGCAUGUAUGUGGCCAACACCAAGCCUGGUGGCUUCACCAUUGAGAUCAGUAACAACAACAGCACUAUGGUGAUGACAGGCAUGCGGAUCCAGAUUGGGACCCAGGCAAUUGAACGGGCCCCAUCAUAUAUUGAGAUCUUUGGCAGAACCAUGCAGCUUAAUCUGAGUCGCUCACGCUGGUUUGACUUCCCCUUCACCAGAGAAGAAGCCCUGCAGGCCGAUAAGAAGCUGAAUCUCUUCAGUGGUGGUGGUAACCCUUCAGAGAAUGUGCUUCCUAAAAGCUUGCUCUUGCUUACUGCAGUUGGGGCCUCAGUGGAUCCAGCAGGUGUCACCAUGAUCGAUGCUGUAAAAGUCUAUGGCAAGACUAAGGAGCAGUUUGGCUGGCCUGAUGAGCCCCCGGAAGAAUUCCCUUCUGCCUCCGUCAGCAACAUCUGUCCUUCAAACCUGAGCCAGAGCAAUGGCACUGGAGACAGUGACUCAGCUGCCCCUACCACCACGAGCGGAACUGUCCUGGAGAGGCUGGUUGUGAGUUCUUUAGAAGCCCUGGAAAGCUGCUUUGCUGUUGGCCCAAUCAUUGAGAAGGAGAGAAACAAGAAUGCAGCUCAGGAGCUGGCCACUCUGCUGCUGUCCCUGCCAGCACCUGCCAGUGUCCAGCAGCAGUCCAAGAGCCUUCUGGCCAGCCUGCACACCAGCCGCUCAGCCUAUCACAGCCACAAGGAUCAGGCCUUGCUGAGCAAAGCUGUGCAGUGUCUCAACACAUCCAGCAAAGAAGGCAAGGAUUUGGACCCCGAGGUCUUCCAGAGGCUGGUGGUCACAGCUCGCUCCAUUGCCAUCAUGCGCCCUAACAACCUUGUCCACUUUACGGAGUCAAAGCUGCCCCAGAUGGAAACAGAAGGAGCAGAUGAGGGAAGAGAACCUCAGAAGCAGUUGGAGGGAGACUGCUGUAGUUUCAUCACCCAGCUGGUGAACCACUUCUGGAAACUCCAUGCAUCCAAACCCAAGAAUGCCUUCUUGGCACCUGCCUGCCUGCCAGGCCUAACUCAUAUUGAAGCUACCGUUAAUGCUCUGGUAGACAUUAUCCAUGGCUACUGUACCUGUGAGCUGGACUGUAUUAAUACAGCAUCCAAGAUAUACAUGCAGAUGCUAUUGUGCCCUGAUCCUGCUGUGAGCUUCUCUUGUAAACAAGCUCUAAUUCGAGUCCUAAGGCCGAGGAACAAGCGGAGACAUGUGACAUUGCCCUCCUCCCCUCGAAGCAACACUCCAAUGGGAGACAAGGAUGAUGAUGACGAUGAUGACGCAGAUGAGAAAAUGCAGUCGUCAGGGAUCCCGAAUGGUGGCCACAUCCGUCAGGAAAGCCAGGAACAGAGUGAGGUGGACCAUGGAGAUUUUGAGAUGGUGUCUGAGUCGAUGGUCCUGGAGACAGCUGAAAAUGUCAACAAUGGCAACCCCUCUCCCCUGGAGGCCCUGCUGGCAGGCGCAGAGGGCUUCCCCCCCAUGCUGGACAUCCCACCUGAUGCAGAUGACGAGACCAUGGUUGAACUAGCCAUUGCCCUGAGCCUGCAGCAGGACCAGCAAGGCAGCAGCAGCAGUGCCCUGGGCCUGCAGAGCCUGGGGCUGUCCGGCCAGGCACCCAGCUCUUCCUCUCUGGACGCAGGAACCCUCUCUGACACCACAGCAUCAGCUCCAGCCUCAGACGACGAGGGCAGCACAGCAGCAACUGAUGGUUCCACCCUUCGGACCUCCCCUGCUGACCACGGUGGUAGUGUGGGCUCGGAGAGCGGGGGAAGUGCAGUGGACUCGGUGGCUGGCGAGCACAGUGUAUCUGGCCGGAGCAGUGCUUAUGGUGAUGCCACAGCAGAGGGGCAUCCGGCUGGACCAGGAAGUGUCAGUUCAAGCACUGGCGCCAUCAGCACCACCACCGGACAUCAGGAAGGAGAUGGCUCCGAGGGAGAAGGAGAAGGGGAAGGGGAAGGAGAUGUCCACGCUAGCAACAGGCUGCACAUGGUCCGUCUGAUGCUGUUGGAGAGACUACUGCAAACUUUGCCCCAGUUACGAAGUGUUGGAGGUGUCCGGGCCAUUCCAUACAUGCAGGUCAUUCUGAUGCUUACUACAGAUCUGGAUGGAGAAGAUGAGAAAGACAAGGGGGCCCUGGACAACCUGCUUUCCCAGCUUAUUGCUGAACUGGGCAUGGAUAAGAAGGAUGUCUCCAAGAAGAACGAACGCAGUGCCCUGAAUGAGGUCCACCUGGUGGUGAUGAGACUCCUGAGUGUCUUCAUGUCCAGGACCAAAUCCGGAUCCAAGUCUUCCGUAUGCGAGUCAUCUUCCCUCAUCUCCAGUGCCACAGCAGCAGCCCUCCUGAGCUCUGGCGCUGUGGACUACUGCCUGCACGUGCUCAAGUCCCUGCUGGAGUACUGGAAGAGCCAGCAGAACGAUGAGGAGCCCGUGGCUACCAGCCAGCUGCUGAAACCACAUACUACGUCAUCCCCACCCGACAUGAGCCCAUUCUUCCUCCGCCAGUAUGUGAAGGGCCAUGCUGCUGAUGUGUUUGAGGCCUAUACUCAGCUUCUCACAGAGAUGGUACUGAGGCUGCCAUACCAAAUCAAAAAGAUCGCUGACACCAAUUCUCGAAUCCCGCCUCCUGUCUUUGAUCAUUCGUGGUUUUACUUUCUCUCAGAGUACCUGAUGAUCCAGCAAACUCCAUUUGUGCGCCGGCAAGUCCGCAAACUUCUGCUCUUCAUCUGUGGGUCAAAGGAGAAAUACCGCCAGCUCCGGGAUUUGCACACCCUCGACUCCCAUGUGCGUGGGAUCAAGAAGCUGCUGGAGGAGCAGGGGAUCUUCCUCCGGGCGAGUGUGGUUACAGCCAGCUCUGGCUCCGCCCUGCAGUAUGACACGCUCAUCAGCCUGAUGGAGCACCUGAAAGCCUGUGCAGAGAUUGCUGCCCAGCGAACCAUCAACUGGCAGAAAUUCUGCAUCAAAGAUGACUCUGUCCUGUACUUCCUCCUCCAAGUCAGCUUCCUGGUGGAUGAGGGGGUGUCUCCGGUGCUGCUGCAGCUGCUCUCCUGUGCUCUGUGUGGCAGCAAAGUCCUCGCUGCACUGGCGGCCUCGGCAGGGCCCUCCAGUGCUUCCUCCUCCUCAGCCCCUGUGGCCACUGGUUCUGGACAAGCCACAACACAGUCAAAGUCGUCCACAAAGAAGAGUAAGAAAGAAGAAAAGGAAAAGGAGAAAGAGGGUGAGAGCUCAGGAAGCCAGGAGGACCAGCUGUGCACAGCUCUGGUGAACCAGCUGAACAAAUUUGCAGAUAAGGAGACCUUGGUCCAGUUUCUGCGUUGCUUCCUGUUAGAGUCCAAUUCUUCCUCAGUGCGCUGGCAGGCCCACUGCCUGACACUGCAUAUCUACAGAAACUCUAGCAAAUCUCAACAGGAGCUCCUGCUAGAUCUGAUGUGGUCUAUAUGGCCAGAACUCCCAGCCUAUGGUCGUAAGGCUGCCCAGUUUGUGGACCUACUAGGAUAUUUCUCCUUGAAAACCCCACAAACAGAGAAGAAGUUGAAAGAAUAUUCACAGAAGGCUGUGGAGAUUCUUCGUACUCAAAACCACAUUCUUACCAACCAUCCCAACUCCAACAUUUACAACACCUUGUCUGGCCUAGUGGAGUUUGAUGGUUAUUACCUGGAGAGUGAUCCCUGCCUGGUGUGUAAUAAUCCAGAAGUGCCAUUUUGUUAUAUCAAGCUGUCUUCCAUUAAAGUGGACACGAGGUACACCACCACUCAGCAGGUUGUGAAGCUCAUUGGCAGCCACACCAUCAGCAAAGUGACGGUGAAAAUUGGGGACCUGAAACGGACCAAGAUGGUGCGGACUAUCAACCUCUAUUACAACAACCGAACUGUGCAGGCCAUCGUGGAGCUGAAAAACAAGCCGGCUCGCUGGCACAAAGCCAAGAAGGUUCAGCUGACCCCUGGGCAGACAGAGGUGAAGAUCGACCUGCCUUUGCCAAUAGUUGCUUCCAACCUGAUGAUUGAGUUUGCAGACUUCUAUGAAAACUAUCAGGCCUCCACGGAGACCCUGCAGUGCCCACGCUGUAGUGCCUCAGUCCCUGCCAACCCAGGGGUCUGCGGCAACUGUGGAGAGAAUGUCUACCAGUGUCACAAGUGCAGAUCCAUCAACUAUGAUGAGAAGGACCCCUUCUUGUGCAAUGCCUGUGGCUUCUGUAAAUACGCUCGCUUCGACUUCAUGCUCUAUGCCAAGCCCUGCUGUGCAGUGGAUCCCAUUGAGAAUGAAGAAGACCGGAAGAAGGCUGUUUCCAACAUCAACACACUUCUGGACAAAGCUGAUCGAGUGUAUCACCAGCUGAUGGGACAUCGGCCACAGCUGGAGAACCUGCUCUGCAAAGUGAACGAGGCAGCUCCUGAAAAGCCACAGGAUGACUCAGGGACGACUGGGGGCAUCAGUUCCACCUCAGCCAGUGUGAACCGGUACAUCCUGCAGCUGGCUCAGGAGUACUGUGGAGACUGCAAGAACUCUUUCGAUGAACUCUCCAAAAUCAUUCAGAAAGUUUUUGCUUCACGCAAAGAGUUGCUGGAAUAUGACCUGCAGCAGAGGGAAGCAGCCACCAAGUCAUCUCGGACCUCCGUGCAGCCCACCUUCACUGCCAGCCAGUACCGCGCCUUGUCUGUCCUGGGCUGUGGCCACACAUCCUCCACCAAGUGCUACGGCUGCGCCUCGGCCGUCACCGAGCACUGUAUCACCCUGCUCCGGGCCCUGGCCACCAACCCCGCUUUGAGGCACAUCCUCGUCUCCCAGGGCCUCAUCCGGGAGCUCUUUGAUUAUAACCUUCGCAGAGGCUCUGCAGCCAUGCGGGAGGAGGUCCGCCAGCUCAUGUGCCUGCUGACCCGGGACAAUCCAGAGGCCACCCAGCAAAUGAACGACCUGAUUAUUGGCAAAGUCUCCACAGCCCUGAAGGGCCACUGGGCCAAUCCUGAUCUGGCAAGUAGCCUUCAGUAUGAAAUGCUGUUGCUGACAGACUCUAUCUCGAAGGAGGACAGCUGCUGGGAGCUCCGCUUACGCUGUGCACUCAGCCUUUUCCUCAUGGCCGUGAACAUUAAGACUCCCGUGGUUGUUGAGAACAUUACCCUCAUGUGCCUGCGGAUCUUGCAGAAGCUGAUUAAACCACCUGCUCCCACCAGCAAGAAGAACAAGGAUGUUCCUGUCGAGGCCCUUACCACAGUUAAGCCAUACUGCAAUGAGAUCCAUGCCCAGGCUCAGCUCUGGCUCAAGAGAGACCCCAAGGCAUCCUAUGAAGCCUGGAAGAAGUGUCUUCCUAUCAGAGGGAUCGAUGGCAACGGGAAGUCCCCCAGCAAAUCAGAGCUCCGCCAUCUCUAUUUGACUGAGAAGUACGUGUGGCGGUGGAAGCAGUUCCUGAGUCGUCGGGGGAAGAGGACCUCCCCCUUGGAUCUCAAGCUGGGCCACAACAACUGGCUGCGGCAAGUGCUCUUUACUCCCGCGACGCAGGCUGCACGGCAGGCGGCCUGUACCAUCGUAGAAGCUCUGGCCACCAUUCCCAGCCGCAAGCAGCAGGUCCUCGACCUCCUCACCAGUUACCUGGACGAGCUGAGUGUAGCCGGCGAGUGUGCCGCCGAGUACCUGGCGCUCUACCAGAAGCUCAUCACUUCAGCUCACUGGAAAGUCUACCUGGCAGCUCGAGGGGUCCUGCCCUACGUGGGCAACCUCAUCACCAAGGAAAUAGCCCGCUUACUGGCUCUGGAGGAGGCCACCCUGAGCACUGAUCUGCAGCAGGGCUAUGCCCUCAAAAGUCUCACAGGCCUUCUUUCCUCCUUCGUGGAGGUGGAAUCCAUCAAAAGGCACUUUAAAAGUCGCUUGGUGGGUACUGUGCUGAAUGGAUACCUGUGCUUGCGGAAGCUGGUGGUGCAGAGGACCAAGCUGAUUGACGAGACCCAGGACAUGCUGCUGGAGAUGCUGGAGGACAUGACCACAGGUACAGAAUCGGAAACCAAGGCUUUCAUGGCUGUGUGCAUUGAGACAGCUAAGCGCUACAAUCUGGAUGACUACCGGACUCCUGUCUUCAUCUUUGAGAGGCUCUGCAGCAUCAUCUAUCCUGAGGAGAAUGAAGUCACUGAGUUCUUUGUGACCCUGGAGAAGGAUCCCCAACAAGAAGACUUCUUACAGGGCAGGAUGCCUGGGAACCCGUACAGCAGCAAUGAGCCAGGCAUUGGGCCACUCAUGAGGGAUAUAAAGAACAAGAUUUGCCAGGACUGUGACUUGGUGGCUCUCCUGGAGGAUGAUAGUGGAAUGGAGCUUCUAGUGAACAAUAAAAUCAUUAGUUUGGACCUUCCUGUGGCCGAGGUUUACAAGAAGGUCUGGUGUACCACGAAUGAGGGAGAGCCCAUGAGGAUUGUUUACCGGAUGCGGGGGCUGCUGGGCGACGCCACCGAGGAGUUUAUCGAGUCCCUGGACUCCACCACGGACGAAGAAGAAGAUGAAGAAGAAGUGUAUAAGAUGGCUGGUGUGAUGGCCCAGUGUGAGGGCCUGGAAUGCAUGCUUAACAGACUGGCAGGGAUCAAAGACUUCAAGCAGGGACGACACCUUCUAACAGUGCUGCUGAAAUUAUUCAGUUACUGCGUGAAGGUGAAAGUCAACCGGCAACAGCUGGUCAAGCUGGAAAUGAACACUUUGAAUGUCAUGCUGGGGACUCUCAACCUGGCCCUGGUAGCUGAGCAAGAAAGCAAGGACAGUGGUGGUGCUGCUGUGGCCGAGCAGGUGCUUAGCAUUAUGGAGAUCAUUCUGGAUGAGUCCAAUGCUGAGCCCCUGAGUGAGGACAAGGGCAACCUCCUCCUGACGGGUGACAAAGAUCAACUCGUGAUGCUCUUGGACCAGAUCAACAGCACCUUUGUUCGCUCCAACCCCAGCGUGCUCCAGGGCCUGCUUCGCAUCAUCCCAUACCUGUCCUUCGGGGAGGUGGAGAAAAUGCAGACCUUGGUGGAGCGGUUCAAACCGUACUGCAGCUUUGAUAAGUAUGACGAAGAUCACAGUGGUGACGAUAAAGUCUUCCUGGACUGCUUCUGUAAGAUCGCAGCUGGCAUCAAGAACAACAGCAACGGGCAUCAGCUGAAGGAUCUGAUCCUCCAGAAGGGAAUCACCCAGAAUGCACUGGACUACAUGAAGAAGCACAUUCCCAGUGCCAAGAAUUUGGAUGCUGACAUCUGGAAAAAGUUUUUAUCUCGCCCAGCCCUGCCGUUUAUCUUGAGACUUCUUCGGGGGCUGGCCAUCCAGCACCCUGCCACCCAGGUUCUGAUCGGAACCGACUCCAUCACAAACCUGCAUAAACUGGAGCAGGUGUCCAGCGAUGAGGGCAUUGGGACCCUGGCAGAGAACCUGCUGGAGGCACUGCGGGAACACCCUGACGUAAACAAGAAGAUAGACGCGGCCCGCCGGGAGACCCGGGCCGAGAAGAAGCGCAUGGCCAUGGCCAUGAGGCAGAAGGCUCUGGGCACGCUGGGCAUGACGACCAAUGAGAAGGGCCAGGUCGUGACCAAGACGGCGCUCCUGAAGCAGAUGGAGGAGCUGAUCGAGGAGCCGGGCCUCACAUGCUGCAUCUGCAGGGAAGGGUAUAAGUUCCAGCCCACCAAGGUCCUGGGCAUUUAUACCUUCACCAAGCGGGUAGCCUUAGAGGAGAUGGAGAACAAGCCCCGGAAACAGCAGGGCUACAGUACCGUGUCCCACUUCAACAUCGUGCACUACGACUGCCACCUGGCUGCCGUCAGGCUGGCUCGAGGCCGGGAAGAGUGGGAAAGUGCCGCGCUUCAGAAUGCCAACACUAAGUGCAACGGGCUCCUUCCCGUCUGGGGGCCCCAUGUCCCUGAGUCAGCUUUUGCCACCUGUCUGGCAAGGCACAAUACUUACCUCCAGGAGUGCACGGGCCAGCGGGAGCCCACGUACCAGCUCAACAUCCACGACAUCAAGCUGCUGUUCCUGCGCUUCGCCAUGGAGCAGUCCUUCAGCGCGGACACUGGAGGGGGCGGCCGGGAGAGCAACAUCCACCUGAUCCCGUACAUCAUCCACACCGUGCUUUACGUCCUGAACACAACCCGAGCAACUUCCCGAGAGGAGAAGAACCUCCAGGGCUUUCUGGAGCAGCCCAAGGAGAAGUGGGUGGAGAGUGCCUUUGAAGUGGACGGGCCCCACUAUUUCACUGUCCUAGCCCUCCACGUCCUGCCCCCCGAGAAGUGGCGAGCCAUACGCGUGGAAAUCCUGCGGCGGCUGCUGGUGACCUCUCAGGCCCGGGCAGUGGCUCCAGGGGGAGCCACCAGGCUGACAGACAAGGCAGUGAAGGACUACUCUGCUUAUCGCUCUUCCCUUCUCUUUUGGGCCCUCGUUGAUCUCAUUUAUAACAUGUUUAAGAAGGUGCCGACCAGCAACACGGAGGGUGGCUGGUCCUGCUCUCUCGCGGAGUACAUCCGCCACAACGACAUGCCCAUCCACGAAGCUGCCGACAAGGCCCUGAAGGCCUUCCAGGAGGAGUUCAUGCCAGUGGAGACCUUCUCAGAGUUCCUCGACGCCGCUGGUCUCUUAUCAGAGAUCACUGAUCCGGAGAGCUUCCUGAAGGACCUGUUGAACUCAGUCCCCUGAGCACCACACGGAAACGGUGGUCAACAGAGAUGGAAGCUAGCCUGCCUCUGUGUUCUCCCCUCCUGUGUGUGAUUUCCGCCACGGGUUGCUGCAUCGUUGCUCCAUCAUUGCUCCUCCCUCCUCCCUCCCUCCCUUUUCUUGGAGUGGCUUGGGGAUUUUAGGCUUCCUGUUUUAUCUCGUGUGUGUGGUGCACUAGCUAUGAAGUUGUCUGUAACCCAAGCCGUCGAGGGACCUGUACAUACCUAGGAGCCACGAGUUGUCCUGGCCAACUGAAUACUUGAGUGUGCACAUCUUGAGAAAUAAACAAAUGACUUAAUACACAUUGAAAAGGAAGGUGUUGCCUGUGCUUGAACCCCUCCUUAGUGACACUGGCCAAAUACUUCUUGACUGCACAGCCCUUUCUGGCGUCAGCAGGGAGGCCUGCGUGUAUCACAUUCGCUGUCUCUUGGCGCCAAAUGGAGCCUGUCUGUUCUCGGCCAGCAAGUUGGGGCACCGCAUUUGACGGCUAUGAUCUUUCCUGAAACAAACGCCUUGGCUUCUCUUAACUUUUGGCCUUAAGAGCUGGAGCCCAAAGACAUGUGAUUUUCUAGUCCUCUGCCAAAGGCCGGCUCAGCGCAGUCGGCACUGGUCUUUCUACAGCAGAGGCAUUUGACAGUCCCCUGUUAACUUCAAAUGGGAAAUCCUUUGGCGACUUCUCUUCAGUGUUGCCAUGUUGGGAGAAGGUCUGGGGCAGACUCUGAGUGGCUGCCCUUUGCUGAGCGCCUUCUCUCUGCCAGGCCCGCGUGUGCGUGCGCGUGCGUGUGUGUGUGUAAUUAUUUCUAGUCUUUCAACAGCCCUGCAAGAAGGGGCCUAUGAACCGACAUUACUUGCUCAAGACCACCCAGCCUGUAGCUGCCAGAGCUGAGGUUUGCGCCUCCGAAGUCGAGUCCUAAACCACUGUGGCAGCUGCCUCUGGGGGCCUUGAGACCUGCUCCCCAACGUUCAUGGGCAGCAGCCCUCUUAGCAAGGCAGCAGGACUCCCACGAGCCUCCCCCCGGAUUGUAGGGCAAGGCUGAUCCGGACGUGCCCUCGCAGGGAGGAGGAGCUCGGUGGUGGCUGCCUCCUUCACCUCCCUGUGGGCCGCUCUGCCACCUGCUUUCCCGAGUGACAGGCUCCCCUAUCUUGAUGUCCAGUGUAUGUGGCCCACUCCUCAGGCCAGACCAUUUGGAACAGAAGGGGCCUCUAGGUUCCUUUAGAAGACUCCCAGAGCCAGGACUUAGUGUCUCUUCCCUGGAGCCCCCGACCGGGCAGCCGCAAGCAGGAGUGAGUGUCGUGCUUGGGCUUUAGCCAGAGAGACAAGGGCAAUUUGUUGCAAGAGCCCAGCUGGAGGGACUUCCCUGGCGGUCCAGUGGUUAAGCCUUCGCCUUCCAGUGCAGGGGGUGCAGGUUCGAUCCCUGGUUGGGGAGCUAAGAUCCCACGUGCCUUGUGGCCAAAAAAACAAAACAUAUAACAGAAGCAAUAUUGUAACAAAUUCAAUAAAGACUUUAAAGAUGGUCCACAUCAAAAAAA